AGCCUUGCUUACCUGACAGAGUUCCUGUGAGGAUGAAAUGGAGGAGAGGAGACCGAUGUGCCCAGCCCUGAGGGCGGGUUUACAACAUAAACGAAACUCAAAUAGCAUGACAACAUUGUGCGAUCACCGGAGAAUGAUUCAGUAGGAAGAGGCGUCCCCUUAUCUUUUUGGUCCAUGCUGGGGACUUUAUCAGGAUUGCUCAGCUGUGCAAGAGCUGCUUCUCUCACUGCUUGCCUGCCGGCCACGUUUGCUUCUUGUUUUUGAGGGAAACUAAUUGGGAACAUGUGGAAGCUGAAGUUCCUCUGGCUCUUCCUUGGGUUUCUGCCUCUUGUUUCCCCCACCUGCCCUUUACCCUGCCGGUGUGCUGCCAAUAUCAUUGACUGCAGGUCAACAGAUCUCACGAAAGAGACUCUUCCCACCUCCUUCAGCUCCUCCACUGUCCAGCUGUACCUCACCAACAACUACCUAACCUCCAUCCCCAAGGGGCUCUUUGACAACCUGAAGGAUCUCCAGAUGGUUUACCUGUGGGGGAAUCCCUGGGAGUGUGACUGCGACAUCCUCUAUUUGCGCACUUGGCUUCAGUGGCAGCAGAACCGCACCCUCUACCGCAAUGUGAUGUGCUCUUCCCCAACCCAUCUUCAAGGCAGGAUCAUCAGCUACUUGUCAGAAGACGAGAUUGUUGCCACCUGCCAGUCUUGGUACUGCAGCUUGGCGUUCAUCACCCAGAUCUGCCUUUUCAUCUUCCUCCUCCUCCAAGCAGCUUUGCUUUUCUCCAUCAUCUGUUACCUGAGGAGAUUCCGAAGGAUGGCCAAAGUAGCCUGGCGAACAAACAUGGAGCUGUCUGAGGACAUCAGUCAGUGGGGAGCGUCCCAUAACGAUUGAUCUGUGGGAUGCCUAGGGACACCAAGAUCUGGGGGGUAGCUGCUUUACAAAUGAACCUCUCCACAUGAAAUAAAGCAUUUAUUUUCAUA